CUCUUUCUCUCUCACGCAGGUACAUAUCUCUUCCUAAUGGGGUGCUGCAGAUUUUAGGGGUCACUAAAGAAGACGAAGGCUUGUACCGUUGCGUGGCCUUCAACUCUGCCCGCAUGCGCUUCAGCCAAGAGGCUUCGCUCACAGUUAGCCCAGGUCUGUCUCAGGAGAGUGAGGUCGUGAUUGUGGCUCCACCACGGAACUCUACGGUGGUCAUGGGUCGUCCGGCUGUGAUGGAGUGCAUGGCUCAGGGUGAACCCAAACCUUUCGUAUCAUGGAGCAGACAGGAUGGGAAGUCUAUAGCUACAGAUGUGGUUGUCUUGGCAACCAACCUAGUGAUUCCUGACACCCGCAGUCACCAUGCUGGAGUGUAUGUGUGUCGUGCCAACAAACCCAAGACCAGAGAUUUCGUCUCAUCUCCCGCUGAACUUCGAGUUCUGGCUCCACCAGUCAUCUUCCAGCCCCCAGAGGCGGUGUCCUUGUCCCGGGGGAAUACAGCUCGGUUUGUGUGUAAUAGUUCUGGUGACCCUCCCCCUGCUCUGCGCUGGCUGAAGAAUGGAGAACCGGUCCAGUCUAAUGCCCGGGUUAAGACUCAGAACCCUGGAGUUCUGCUCAUCAACCAGCUGCGGCUGGACGAUGCGGGAUACUACCAGUGUAUUGCUGCCAACAGCCUGGGCACCGCCUGUGCCACUGCCAAACUGUCCGUCAUCGUGAGGGAGGGUCUGCCUAGCCCUCCUCGUCAUGUGUCGGCCAUACCCCACUCUAGCACUUCUGCCCUGCUCACCUGGGACCCACCUGAACAUAAUAGUGACCAGAUCAUUGGCUUUUCAGUACACUACCAAUGCACAGCAGGCUCAGACAACAUGGAGUAUCAGUUUGCAGUGAAUAACGACACAACAGAGCUGCACGUAAAGGAGCUGCUCCCUCACACAGCCUACACCUUCUAUGUAGUGGCCUACUCGCCCAUGGGUGCCAGCCGCCCGUCACAGCCCGUUACAGUGGAGACGCUAGAGGACGUUCCCAGCGCUUCUCCACAGCUGUCCCUGCUGAGCACAUCUCCCACUGACAUCAGAGCCAUGUGGCUGCCUCUGUCCUCACAGCUGAGCCGCGGAGCCAUCACACGCUACCGCAUUGACUACAGAGCGCUGGAGCAGGUGGAUCACAUCUACUCUGUGGAAGUGGGUGGGAAUGAGACGCAGGUGACUCUAAGGGAUCUGAAACCAAAUCAAACGUACCAGCUCCGGAUUGCGGCGGGAACGCGAGCUGGGUUCAGUCAGUCUUCUGAGUGGGCCUCGCACCACACACCAAACCUUACUCAGGUGCUCUUUGCUCCCACUGAGCUCAAAGUGAGAGCCAAAAUGCAUUCCCUCAAUGUCACAUGGCAGCCGCCACCCAAUCAUACUCAGAUCACCGGUUAUAAGCUUUCCUGGCGGGAAUUGGAUGGAGAGGAGCUGCCCAAUGAGGAGAAGCCUAUGAUCAAUGAGAGGAUUCAACAGAUCAAACUGAGGAAGAGAGUUAAACACCAUGAGGUCACAGGCCUUGCUCCUGAUCAGCUGUAUGAGGUGAAAGUUUGGGCGUUUAAUAAACAGACUGAGGGUUAUGCUGCUGUCUGGAAGGGCAGAACAGAGAAGCUCACACGAGUGCGGACGACAGACUCUCUCCCACCAUUGCCACCCAUCAGCGUCAGAGCUCGUGCAAACAGUUCCACCUCUAUCUGGCUCCGCUGGGAGAAACCGCACUUUAGCAAUGUGCGAAUCAUCAACUACACUAUACGCUGCAGCCCUGCAGGAAUACGCAAUGCAUCGCUGGUCUCAUACUAUACCAGCUCUUCUCAGGAGAUUUUUCUGGAAUCACUAAAGCCCUUCACCAGCUAUGAAAUUGCUGUGCAGUCUAAGGGAGUUGAUAUGAGUGGCCCUUUCAGCAGCACAGUGGAAGAGUCCACACUUCCAGACAGACCCUCCUCUCCUCCUCUGGAUAUGCAGUUGAGUGCGCUGGACUCAUACUCUGUUCUGGUGAGCUGGCGCCCUCCACUGGAGCCAAAUGGUGUCAUUUUGACCUACUGGAUCCUCUACACUGGCAACAUGAGCCAUCCAGAUCACCUGUGGAUAAACCUCACACAUGAUGGUUCUGUUACCAGUGCAGAGGUCCAAGGCCUGAUGAGUGGGACACGUUAUUAUUUUAAGAUGGGGGCUUGCACUGAAGUUGGGGUGGGACCAUAUUCACCUGUGAAGGAUGUCUAUACUCCUCCAAAGAAAUAUGAGCUGGAUAUCCAUGCUGUGACUGGUAUCAUAGUUGGAGUGUGUCUUGGUCUGCUCUGCAUCCUGCUCUGCAUGUGUGUCAGUUUCCGCAAUGGAAAAACACGAGAUGUGUCUGGUGGACUUGACUCAAGUUCUCUGAGUCCUCAGUACAGGAAGGGUGCCCGUCCAGUGCCCGCUACUGCACCUGACUGCAGUGACUGCCAUGAGCUGGAAACCCUCAUGCCCUCUAGUGCACAAGACCCCAACAAACCCCUCACAGACCUCACUGAGGAACAGAGUCUCAUGGCUAACAUAGGAGGCGCUGAUGAUGCCCCUGCAGAAUCCAAGCCAGCCUGGAAUGGAUCUGUUAGUCGGAACUGGGCCAAUAGGAUCACCAGAUACAGAGAUACUAUAACUGAAGAUUCUUCUGCUCUCAUCAAUGGAGCUCUUGAAGGACCACCAUCAGACAACAGUAAGAGCGGGCAUGUGGAGAGGCUGUAUUCCCUCAGCAAGAACCAGGUGGAGGCUGAAGUCAUCGUACAUUCACAGCUGUCAAACACGACGGUUGACCAGGGUCCACAAAGUGACAUGGAGCUCUCUCUCGAGUCUCCAUCUUCCAAGCACCCUUCUCCUGGAGAGAAGGCAACUCCAACAAACCCGCAUCCACCUUAUGCCCACAGCGAGGACAACCACGAGACUCAAUCUCCAUCUCAGACCCCCAGCACUCACAUCUCAGAAGUACUGUCCAAUCACAAUGGACCAUUUGAGAGUGGUCACAGCCAGCCGAUAAUGGGCGGUGCCAAAAACCAAGGAGUGGGGCUUACCAAUGGCUUCCACUUGUCCAAACCCCUUCGUUCAAAGGCAGAGACCCUGGAAAACGGGGCCCACAGACUGUGCCCCACAGGAAAGGUUCUGCCCUCACCAGGUCUCUCCGCUUCCCCCUCAUCCUUUGCCAGCUCUGGCCUUGUCUACUCUACCUCAGGGGAGCAUAACUACAUGUACCCCUAAGCUGGAAGGAAGAAAAGCGUAACAAACGAUGUUCCCAAAGUUCCGGGACAGAGAAAGACAACAGAGGAGACCAACGAGUGGCACCUUCCUGCUGGAGAAGUUGAUAUUUUCUCGUAGCCACACACGCCUCUUCUCUCGGCUGUUUUAUUGCAACCUUUUGGUUCCAUUAUUUUAUAUGUAUGUACAUAUAGAAUAUUUUUUUAGCACUAGUAUCCAUGGAUAUGCAUUUUAGGGCAUAUCAGUGGCACACUUUAACCCCUCUUUGUGUGCAUGUAUGGAAUGUGCUGAAGUACACGUGAAGUCAAGAGUGUUCUUACUUAGAGGUGAAGUUGAAGGAUCCUGAAAUCAGCCCUACAUAAGGAAACGGAACUCAUUCACGGGACGAACGUCAUGGAUCGGUCUGAGAUCAGUGCCAACGGGUGGACAUCUUGUCAGAGAAAAUAACCCUGCCACAAAGUACCACCUCCUGCUGUCUCAGGGUCGCCACACAUAAACACACAAACACACACAGAUCUGUGCUUAAAACGGUUGUUGCAGAAAAUUAGCACCAUAUUUCAGUUCCGUCUAUUCCGGUUUUUAAAGGGUUUGUUCACCCAUAAAUUAAAAUUUUGUCAUUUACUCUCCCGCACGUUGCUUCAAACCUGUGCAUGGACAAAAAUAUUUG